AUGGGGAGAACAGUCGUUCGAAGUACUCAUGUUGUUCGCAGUAGUUCAAGUUCUUCGGGUGAUCGCACAUGGAUAGUUGCAGUUAUUUUCGCAUGCAUUGCAUUACUUUUUGUAAUUCUGGCUGUUGCUUUACCUGGUUGGAAUGGACGUCAUUUGUUGAAAAAUUGUACUUCGACUUGUUUGAGCACUACAGUGUUGUCGUUCAUCGCGAUGUUUCUGAUUUUCUUGGGAAUCAUUGCAACUAUACUUUUCGCGUUACGAUUAAUCACAAGUUUCUCUAGUGCAAUCAAUACAUCCGCAGUGAUUCUUCUUACACUUGCGGGAAUAUUCAUUGUUGCUGCUUAUGUUAGUUACAAUCGUCAUGAUCCAAAUCACUACAGUUAUUAUUUGAUGGUUACAGCGGGUAUUUUCACCUUUGUUUCAUCGAUCCUCACGGCAUUUUGGCUUGGACGUAAUUGGCAUAGCGUUUGA